UACUACUUUAUGGUUUAUGAUACGAUAGGUAGAUGCAAUGUAAUGAAAUCAUCGUCAGAAGAAGUUGCUCCGUUGAGGCACAGCCUGUGUUGCGGUUGUUGGAAUAUCAGAACCCAAACUCGCCGGAAAAUAUCAAAACCUUAAAUCAUCCUCACUUUUUCAAAUCCCCCAAUUGAGAACUAGAAUCCCUUUGAUUCAACAAUUAUCAUUCUUUAAUUCCAUUUCCCUCUUUUCUUCUUCUUCUUCUUCUUCCACGAACCAAAUCCCUAAUUGACUUGGUUCUGUGGCGCACGAUCUAGCAACAAAAAUGGCAGCACCGAACAUGGAUCAGUUCGAAGCGUUUUUUAGGAGAGCAGAUUUGGACGGAGAUGGAAGAAUCAGUGGAGCUGAGGCCGUGGGUUUCUUUCAGGGAUCCAACUUGCCUAAACACGUUCUCGCUCAGGUGUGGAUGCAUGCUGAUCAGUCCAAAACUGGUUUCCUUGGGCGGAAUGAUUUUUAUAAUGCUUUGAGAUUAGUAACUGUUGCUCAGAGUAAGCGAGAAUUAACUCCUGAUAUUGUGAAGGCGGCGUUAUUUGGUCCUGCUGCUGCUAAAAUCCCUCCACCGCAGAUCAAUCUUGCUGCUUUACCUCCACAGCGUCAGAAUCCAGCUGCCUCGUCUGUUGGGCAGAUGGGUGUGAAUGCCGCACCCACGUCUACUCAAAAUCUUGCCUAUAGAGGACAGGGGUUAACAGGUUCUGCUGUGAACCCACAAUAUCUUCCUUCCCAACAGAAUGCUAAUAUGAGACCACCUCAAUCACAGGGAUUAGCAGGUUCUGUUGCAAAUGCAAACCAGCAAUAUCUACCUUCCCAGCAGAACACUAAUACAAGACCACCUCAAUCACAGGGAUUAGCGGGUUCUGUUGCAAAUGCAAACCAGCAAUAUCUACCUUCUCAGCAGAACACGAAUACAAGACCACCUCAAUCACAGGGGUUAGCAGGUUCUGUUGUAAACCAGCAGUAUUUACCUUCACAGCAGAGUCCUACCAUGAGACCACCUCAAUCACAGGGUUUUUCAGGUUUUGUUACAAGCCCACAAUAUCUCCCUUCCCAGCAGAGUCCUAACACAAGACCACCUCAAUCACAGGGAUUGCCAGGUUCUGUUGCAAAUCAACAAUAUCUUCCUUCCCAGCAGAAUCCAACCAUGAGACCAACUCAAUCCAUGCCUGCUGGUAGUGCCCCUGGUCCACAACAAUUUAUGCCUUCCGGUAGUGCCUCUGGUCCACAACAAUUUAUGCCUGCCGGUAGUGCUCCUGGUCCACAACAAUUCAUGCCGCCUGGUAACACUCCUCGUCCACCUCAAUCGAUGCCCACUGGUACAGCCCCUCGUCCGCAACAGGGUUUUGCAGGUACCAAUGUCUCAAAUGCUAGCAUCUCAAAUGAUUGGAAUGGUGGAAGGACUGCCACGCCUCCUUCUAGGCCUGCAGGAAUUACUCAAUCAGUUGCCUUACCAACACAAACAUCACCGUCUCCGGUCUCACCAAUGUCCCAGCCAACAGCUAUUACCACUAAAGCAUUGGCUGUUUCUGGAAAUGGGUACCCUUCCAAAUCAGCUUUGGACAGCGACUUUUUCUCUUCUGCCACAUCUACACCGAAACAAGAUCCUAUUCGACAGAAUUAUCCUGUUAGCAGUGCACCUGCCUCAUCGUCCAUUGUUCCAGUUUCCAGUAGUGCCAACCCUGCAAGUAGGCAAAGUUCACUUGAUUCAUUGCAGAGUGCGUUCUCAAUGGCACUUACAAAUAAUCAGAUUCCGCGGACACAGUCUUUACCAAACACAGCCCAGCAAAUUUCACCAUCAGCUUCUUCUCCACUUACAACAUCUGGGAGAUCAGUUGGACUUGGAAAUACUACUUCUGAUAAUUCACAACCUCCAUGGCCAAAAAUGAAACCUUCUGAUGUGCAAAAGUAUGCAAAGGUGUUUAUGGAAGUUGACACCGACAGGGAUGGGAAAAUCACUGGGGAGCAGGCACGCAGUCUAUUUUUAAGUUGGAGAUUACCGAUAGAUGUAUUAAAGAAGGUGUGGGACUUAUCUGAUCAGGAUAGUGAUAGCAUGCUCUCUUUGAAGGAGUUUUGCUUUGCUCUUUAUUUGAUGGAGCGGUAUAGGGAAGGUCGUCCUCUUCCGCAGUCUCUUCCAAGUAAUGUUAUAUUUGACGAAACAUUGAUGUCUAUGACGGGGCAUCCAAAAAUCCCUCAUGGAAAUGCAGCAUGGGGUGUAGGCCCAGGUUUUCAGCAGCAACAAGGAAUGCCAGGUACUCGGCCAGUGGCACCAGCAGCUGGUUUGAGGCCACCUGUGCAAGGAACGCCUGCUCGGGCUGAUGGCACUGUGCUGCCUGAUCAGAAAACAUCUGUGUUGGAUGAUUCCUAUUUGAAUGACACAGAUAAUAGUAAGCAAAAUAUCGAGACUGCAGAGAAAAAGCCUGAAGAAAUGCAGAAUGUGAUAUUGGAUUCAAAAGAGAAGAUUGAGUUGUACCGCAACAAAAUGCAGGAAUUGGUCCUGUAUAAAAGCAGAUGCGAUAACCGCCUAAAUGAGAUUACAGAAAGGGCAUCUGCAGAUAAGCGUGAAGCAGAAUCAUUGGGCAAGAAAUAUGAAGAGAAAUACAAACAAGUUGCAGAAAUAGCAUCCAAAUUGACUAUAGAAGAAGCUAAACUUCGUGAUAUACAGGAAAGGAAAACAGAGUUGCAGCAAGCCAUCGUCAAAAUGGAACAAGGAGGGAGUGCAGAUGGCAUUCUUCAGGUUCGUGCUGAUCGCAUACAAUCAGAUCUUGAGCAGUUAUUUAGGGCUCUUGCUGAACGGUGCAAGAAACAUGAGAUAGAUUUGAAGUCAAUUGCUAUGGUUCAGCUUCCUGAUGGUUGGCAACCUGGAAAUCCGGAGGGGGCAGCUGUUUGGGACGAAGAUUGGGAUAAGUUUGAAGAUGAAGGAUUUGCCAAUGAUCUCACUUUUGAUAAGAAAAAUGCAUCUUCAGAGCCAAAACCUUCAUUCAUUCCCGGAGAAAAUUCCUUUGACGAUAACCCAGUUCAUGGUUCACCUGUGAAUGCAAAUGGAAUGCAAGAAAAUUUCACUAAUGGUGAUUAUACAGUUGAGGAGGAAUCUUCUUAUGCACAUAGUGAAGAUGACUUGGCAAGAAGCCCUCGUGAUAGCCCAUUUGUAACGAGUACAGUGGAGAGUCCUUCAAACGAAUUUUCAACUUCUCCUUUUGCUAAAAGUUCCGAAGCAGAUGCAGAAACACACAGAAGUUUUGAUGAAUCAACCUGGGGUGCAUUUGACAAUAAUGAUGACGUGGAUUCGGUGUGGGGUUUUAACCCCAAGGACUCCGACUUAGAGAAGCAGGGAGAUUUCUUUAAAUCUGGUGAUUUUGGCUUAAACCCGGUUAGAACAGGAUCUACAUUUAAUGAUGGUGCUUUCCAGGCAAAAAGCCCAUUUGCUUUUGACGAUUCAGUGCCUGGAACUCCAUUCUCCAAGUUUGGAAACUCUCCAAGGUACAGUGAGGCAGGGGAUCAUUUUGACACGUCAAGGUUCGAUUCCUCUUUCAGCAUGCAUGAAAGUGGAAAUUCUCCACAAGCAGAAAGAUUUACGAGAUUUGAUUCCAUUAGCAGCAGCAGGGAUUUUGGCAACAAUUUUGGCAAUAAUCACGAGAAAUUUUCAAGAUUUGAUUCCAUUAGUAGCAGCAAGGAUUUUGGCUAUAAUCCCGAUAAAUUUUCAAGGUUUGAUUCCAUGAGUAACAGCAAAGAUUUUGGUUACAAUCCUGAGACGCUCACAAGGUUUGAUUCCAUGAGUAGCAGCAAAGAUUUCGGCUUUGGUGGUGGUCAGGGACAUGCAAGGUUUGACUCGAUUAGUAGCAGCAAGGAUUUAGGCUACAGUGCUCCAUUCUCUUUUGACGACUCUGAUCCAUUCGGCUCUUCUGGCCCAUUUAAGGUUUCUUCAGAGAAUCAAUCUCCAAAAAAAGGCUCUGAUAAAUGGAGUGCAUUCUAGCCUACAGUCCAUGUUUUGCUGGGUUUUUUCUUCUGUUGUUUCCAUUUCCUUGAUUGUUUGUGAUAGUCUAUUUUUUGUGUAUAGCUAGAAAAAAAAUGCUAGACAGUAAUAUUGUAUGGUAUGACGAAUGUAUUAUUUUAAAGAGAGCUUUUCUUAUAUUUUUUUGGGGAAGGGCAAUGUGAGGACGAGUGUGUGGGAGGGAGAUAAGAGAUAAAUUUAAAUGACAUGGUGUGAAUGUAAUACUAAGUUUAAUUACAAACACAUGCAAAGAUCUUUUUAUUUU